CAGCCGGAGCGGGAUGGCAGCGAGGGCGGGAGGGAGAGGGACUGACAGCAGCUGCCCUUUCUCCAGGAUGGGUUGAGAGAAAGUAAACCCUGCGGAGCUCCUUCCUCUGGGUGCUCGGGAGCAGCUCCUGCCUGGCUGGCUGGGGAGGUGACUCCUCGGCAGUGCUGUGCCGCUGCCAUCACAGAUGUACCCCCAGCUGGCACCUCGCCACGCGCAGUCGCUGCCUCUCCGUCUCUCUAGCUCCUUCCCUCCCCUCCUGUUUAUUAUUUGCGGAGGAUUACAGCCCCUUUCCCACGCUGCCGUCUCGCCGUGCGGCUCCGCUGCCCUCCACGCUGGGCGAGCGGCUGGCUAGGAGCGGCUCCUGCCAGCUAGGGACCACCCAGCGCCCAAGCCGGCGACCCAGGGACUUUCUUUCUGCUUUGGGAUUGUACCGGGUUCUCUGGAAGAGCUGCCGUUCUCACAGGAGGGUCCAUCCUAGCCCCAGACAGGGAGUUAAAUAGAGCACACGGAGAGCCUGCUGCUGGGGAGUGAAAGUCAAGGAGGGAGAGGGAAAGAAGAGGCUGUAACUGGGCAGUGCCCGGGGGAGUCGGGUGGAAGUGGCUGUGAGCAGAGCCCCUGCAGCCAGGACCUGGCAGGAAGGCUACAAGAUCAUUCCUCCUGCCUGUGGGGCUGUGUGCCAGGCUGGCUGGUGGAUGUGAGGCCACGCUGGAGAAGACGACCAUGCUGCCUACAAGUUCUGGCCACCGGUGGAGGAGCAGGUUCCUCAUGAGGUGGCAAGAGGCUUGUCUGCUGGGCUGUUGGCUAUCCCUAUGUGCUGCUGAGUCCUUCUUUGCUUGUCCUUCCUCCUGCAAGUGUAACAGUGGCAACCUGGAAGUGGACUGCAGCGGCUUGGGCCUCUCUUCCAUCCCCUCAGACAUCCCCACAAACACCAGGACCUUCCUCUUUCUCAACAACAAACUCAGCAUCUUGCCAGGAGCGGUGUUUUCCAACCUCUCUGCCCUGCAGAGGCUGGACCUAUCCAACAAUUUCUUGGACCAGCUCCCUCAGAAUAUCUUCAGUGACCUGGGGAACCUCACAGAGCUGCAGCUGAGGAACAACAGCAUCCGGGCCUUGGACAAGGACCUGCUGCAGCACACGGCCCUGCUGCGCCAGCUGGACCUCUCCAUCAACGGCCUGGCCCAGAUCCCCUCGGGCAUCUUUGACGACCUGCCUGCCCUCCGCUCCCUCUCGCUCAAGUCCAAUCGCCUGCAGAGCCUGGACAGGGUGACCUUUGAGCCACUAACCAGCCUACAGCAACUCCAAGUUGGGGAUAACCCCUGGGAGUGUGACUGCAACCUCCGAGACUUCAAGCACUGGAUGGAGUGGUUCUCUUACAGAGGUGGGAAAAUCGACCAGCUGGCAUGUACCCUGCCCAAGGAGCUGAAAGGGAAAGACAUGCGAAUGGUGCCCAUGGAGAUGUUUAACUACUGCUCCCAGCUGGAUGAUGAGAACAGCUCUACAGUGCUGGACAAUACUGGCCCACCCUGCACUAAAGGAAGCCCAGCUCCCACCAAAUCUAAAUCUGGCUCGGAAACAGAAGUGGAGCCGAGCGUGGGGUGCCCUCAGAAGCAGCGGUACCGGCCCGUGAGCGUGCGCCGGGCCAUCGGCACUGUGAUCAUCGCAGGGGUGGUCUGUGGCAUCGUCUGCAUCAUGAUGGUGGUGGCAGCUGCUUAUGGCUGCAUCUAUGCCUCCCUCAUGGCCAAGUACCACCGGGAGCUGAAGAAGAGGCAGCCGCUCAUGGGCGACACAGAAGGCGAACACGAAGAGCAAAAGCAAAUCUCUUCCGUGGCAUGAAACUCUUCCAGGAAGGAAAGAACAGCAACCAACAAAGGUACCUGAGAGCAGUCAAGCAUGGGGUCCUCCCAAAACACAUCUCCACAGACAAAGAGACUGUGCUAUUGCUCCACUUACCCAAGUAGUACAACAUGCUUCUGGGGGGGAGGGGGUCAGGGCACCUGGCUCAGUUUCUGUUCCUCUGCCCCAGGUCCGUAUUGUGCCCUUUCACCCUUGGGCCCUCUCAGACAAAUAAAGUAGAGUCAGACCUCGAGUGCUUGCUGUGCCUCAUACCCUUGCACAGAGCUUCCCUCACACGCCUGCUGCGGAGUCAGCUGGCACCUUCUGGGAACCUGUGUCAUCCUCUCAGCUUCAGUCCUGAGUCAUACUGUAUCCUGUCAAGAGCUCUCUGCAAGCAGUGAGAGCAGAUCUGUGAAAGUUUCUGUGAGGAGCAGAACACCAGAAGCAUCCACGCCUCGCUGUUAGGGUCACUGCUGUUGGAUGACAGCAAGUUACUGCCCAUUGCUACAAGCUAAUGCUGCGGAGAGCACAUCAGAAGGGAGAGAAGGUCCCUAGGAGAUGACAACAGUCAGGUGGAGACUUCCUCUCUCACUUUUGAAGGUGAAAAGAUACCUGUAUCACUCUAACAUGCUGCCAGGGAACAGUGUCCCUCGUUUUGGUCCUUGCCAAGUCCAAAGCUGUGAGCUGACACACACACAGAGAACUCCUUGCACAGACAGAGACACAGCCUCCUGUGUACACACACA